CGUGUGCCGCAGGAUGGACUCCAGGAAUUCUUCGUGCUCGUGGAUCACGGCCAAGUGCAAUGCUCUGCGGGGGGAAGAAAGGCUUGGGGGCGGGAGGCCCAAAAAGGUCCCGGUGCCUGCGGGGAAGAGGCGGAGCGGGACGAGGAGUCCCCGUGGAGCUGCUCCGGACUCUCCUGUCCCGGACCCUCGGGCUCGGGGGAGACAAGCCCGAGCGGGUGCUGGACGAGCUGUCCCUGGACGGAGUGAGCCGGUUCCUGCGGAGCGAGCGGUGUAAGAACAUCAUCUGCAUGGUGGGCGCCGGGAUCUCCACGUCCGCCGGGAUCCCCGAUUUCCGCUCCCCCGGCACGGGGCUCUACGCCAACCUGCAGAGCUAUGACCUGCCCUACCCGGAGGCCAUCUUUGAGAUCAGCUUCUUCAAACAAAACCCCGAGCCUUUCUUCGCUCUUGCACGUGAGCUUUACCCAGGGCAGUUCAAGCCCACGGUGUGUCACUACUUCAUGCGGCUGCUGCAGGACAAGGGGCUGCUGCUGCGCUGCUACACCCAGAACAUCGACACCCUGGAGAGGGUGGCGGGGCUGGACCCGGAGCGGCUGGUGGAGGCUCACGGCACCUUCUUCACCUCCCACUGCCUGCGCCCCUCGUGCCGCCAACCCUACAGCCUGAGCUGGAUGAAGGAGCGGAUUUUCUCCUCUCUUGUCCCCAAAUGUGAGAAGUGUCAGGGCUUGGUGAAACCUGACAUUGUGUUUUUCGGAGAGAGCCUCCCCUCACGCUUCUUCACCCUCCUGCAGUCGGACUUCCAGAAAGUCGACCUGCUCAUCAUCAUGGGCACCUCGCUGCAGGUGCAGCCCUUCGCCUCGCUCGUCAGCAGGGUCCCCGUCAACACCCCCAGACUCCUGAUCAACAAGGAGAAGACAGGGCAGAGCGACGCCCUGAUGUCCCUGAUGGGCUUCGGCUGCGGCAUGGACUUUGAUUCGGAGAAAGCCUACAGGGACGUGGCCUGGUUGGGGGAUUGUGACAGCGGGUGCCUGGCACUGGCCGAGCUGCUGGGCUGGAAGGAGGAGCUAGAGGAACUGGUGAGGAGGGAACACGCCGCCAUUGACGCCGGGGGAGGCAACGAGGACCGAGAGGACCCUGAAAAGUGUCGGGGGCACAAGGACAAGGAGGACCUUGGAAAGUGUCAGGAGGACAAAGACAAGGCUCAGAGGGACCCCAAAAAGCCCCAGGGGGGCAGUGAAGAACCCCUCCAGAGCGUGAGGGGGACGCCCCAAAAAUAAAUGGUCCAAAAAGA